GCAGAUCUCCUAUCGAAUCAUGUUGAUGCAGUAUGAACCCUUGGAUGCAUUUCUAUCUAUUACUAUUCUGGUGCUACUAUAUGCUCAAUACUAGGCUUGCCAUUCUAUUCCAUCUAAUUGCCUUUGCCCGUCCAAUACAUUAAUUCUAGCAGUGCCCAGUUGUUUCUCUGUUGCUUCUCAAAUUGUUUCUUACAUCUUUUUACCUUCCAAUGUUGCCGGAGUCCCCCGCCUACGUUCAAUGAACAAAAAUAAAGUCUGGAUUCGGCUUCGAUCUCCACAAUUCAUUCUAACAUCACAUCAUACAAAUCGUGAUACUCGUAUGAUAACGAAGAUGAACCGGUACUGAGGCUUGAAAGUUUGGAAACGUCUUCUUACCACAUGGUCAUUCCGAGAAAUUGAUACUUUUCAAAUUUUAUAUCAAAAUUGUGAGGAUUCACCCCCCUCUACCAUUCUAUUUAAAGGUCCAUACCCCAAAUACUACCAACAUUUCUACGUCACAACCAGAUCAUAAAGAUAUCAAACAAUCACCAAAUCGAACACGUUAUUUGACUUCAAGGAUACCUAAUCCUUUACAUCGUCCAUAUUAUCAAAUACCUUACUCACAAUCACUUCCUUUGUCGGGCUUUGUAUUAACAACCUCGGCAUUCCCUUAACAACAUAGCCUCCGAUAUAUUCUUUCAGAGCUCCAGUUAACUAUAAUAACUAUCAAGGUGUAAGUUUCGACUUACUUCAAACUUCAAACUGGUAUCAUCAAUCUCCCCAAUGGCAAGUGUUAUUUGCCAGAAGCCUGCCGUCGAUUACUUCUCAUUGUCACGGCAGCAAACUGAACAGAGUACUUCCCCAUUUAAUUGGGAUAGUGAGCCUGCACUCGUCAACAACUCAGACUCUUGUGACUCCAUUCUUCCAUCACCAACCUCAUCCGACCCGAUUUUUUCCAAACCUUCUUACAUACUCCCAAAAGAAGAACCAUUCCAAAAUACCAACCGCAAGUCAUCCACAGGUCAAGCAUUUGACUUUGGUACCUUCGAGGAUUGGAUGCGUUGGGACGACCCAAGUGAAGCAGCCUUGUCACCUACGUCAGAUUUCUUCCCAGAACUCAAAAUUGAGCCUCUCUCGCCUAAUAUGAGCGGUCUCGAGCUCUCCCGCAAUCUUUCUAGCAUCGACGAAGCAGCAGUAUUCGGUGACGAUAAUUUAGUCGACGCAGGAGAACAACUGUUUCAACCCACACCAAGCAAUCUCAUGAAUUCGCCGAUGAUCGAUAUUCCAUCUAGGGAUGGUUUAUACUCCACUCCUCUAUCCUGGGCACGACCCCAAAUGAACUCAAAUAUUAACCUCCGUCGCGCACAAACCAUCCCCAAUCUUCAGCAGCAGCCUAUACUCUAUAACCGUACUCUCACCCCCCAAGAAGAAAUUCAACUUCGCGCUAUUGCUAUGCCUCAACAAACUCAAAACACCUCUGCAUAUCCCACUUCUCCUACCUCAUCCAGAAGUUCGCCAUCGCAUUCUCCAAUCUCCAGACCCACACGCCAGUCAAUGUCAAAUUCAAAUCAUUCUAAUAACUUGAAACGCAAAUCAUCAGCUUGUUCUUCAGAUUCAAAUUCCGACGGUGAAGAUGAGGUACCCGCCCGUCAUCCACCCAUCAAGAAGACCGCCCAUAACAUGAUCGAGAAGCGAUACCGAACGAACUUGAAUGAUAAGAUUGCUCUACUAAGGGACAGUGUACCUAGUUUGAGAGUAAUGACCAGAAAAUGUUCGAGGGGACAGGAAGAUGGCGAUGAGCAUAUUAAUGGGGAUGAUGAGGAGGAAGAUUUGCAAGGUUUAACACCAGCACAUAAAUUAAAUAAGGCAACUGUAUUAUCUAAAGCAACAGAAUACAUCAACCACCUCGAGAAACGCAACAAAUACCUUCAAAAAGAAAACGCAGCUCUCAAAUCCCGCAUCGAAGCCUUUGAAAUGUUGGUCAUGUCCAGUCAGUCCCAAAAUGGGGGCCCGCAACAAACCAACGGAAUGCAGAGAGGGAGAUAUGGAUCGUGAGCGCUAGUGUGGGGCUCGUAGAUUAUGAGUGCUGCGAGUUCUACAAGUUGAAGUUGGAGGGGGUAAUGGAAACUUGGAAGGAGCAAGAAUUGUAAAAGAACGAAUGGUGUCUGGAGCGGUUUUUUCCAGGAAAAAAAAUCGAAAAUUUCAUGAUACUUUGGAACAGGCGUUAUGGAAUAAUGAUGAAAAGGGAAAGGAAUGGAUGGGUUAAGCGCAACAGCAGAAGGAUACCUGGGAAUUUCUACAAAAUUUUCAGAAAUUUCAGUACAGUUGUUUGUUCGCUGGAAAUUUUGAUGAAGAAAAAUCAAAAUAAAAUCUAAAUUAGAUUCUCAAGCAUAUUUUCUCUCUCCGCA